AACAAUUAUCUACGACUCAGGUCGGCGUCAAAAUUCGUAGUUUGCCUCGAAUUGCUUUUGGAUAUUCGGCAGUUCUCGAUACAAUCUACAUAAAGACACACAUAUUUCUCAAAAUAAGUCAUACAAGGUUCUUUCCCUCAAAUAAAUAAACAAAUAGUACAAUAAUACAACUAUAUUAUAACUCAAUAACGCCGAGAACUUCCUAGACCCCAAACUUAUAAUAACUAUGUCGGAGCGAGGUGAGAACUCUGACGAGGAGUAUUACGUUAACGAGGCAUUCGAAGAGGACUCGCAAUCAGAACUGGAAGAACAAGAGACAGAAGAGGAUGGCCAAGAUGAGCAGGAUGAUGAAAUCGAAUGCGAGGAGGAAGAAAACGAUGAAGAUGCUGAGAUUGAGGUGGAGGAGCUAGUCCAUAGCCAGAAAUCGGCACAUCUUGAGGAAAGCGACACUCAGAGCGAGAGCGAUGUUGAGGCCGAGUUCAUGCGCGGAAACCCUCAUGCCCGAAGGAUGUUGGGCGGGAGAAACUCUGGCCGUGGAUUUAAUCGCGACCGUAUGCCCAUUUAUCCCAGCUCCUCGUCUGAAGACGAGAGCCAGGUCAUUGUUACCAAGACCGUGGCUGAGGUCAAUCAUAUUAGUCUGCAAAUGGGCUCGGGCCUCGAGGAUGAAACGCCGUCAGUGCGCACCUUGAUGCCAGACAGUGCCCGUAACGCGGGCGAGGACGAUGAGGACACAGAGACCGAAGUGGAAGUCGAGGAGAUUGAAGAAGAGGAGGAGGAGGAGGAAGAAGAGGAUGACGAGGAUGCCCAGAGUGAUGGGACAGUUGACUCUAACAAGGGCAAUGAAAUCGCAGAAGAGAGCGAUGAGGAACAGGGCACUGACGUCGAGGUGGAGCAAUUGGAGGAGGAUGAGCCCGAUUUCGGCGCUAAGAUCAUUCGUCCUAAGAUCCAGCAGCCACAAGAGGACAUCGUUUCUCUGGUGGAUGCCAGUGACAAUAGCAGCGAGUACAGUGUGGUAACCAUGGGAAGGGCUGGCGAGGAAACUGAUGCCACGUUGGAAGAUUGUUCUCCUCGUAUGCUGAAGCCCAUGCUUGAAAAGGAGCGCCCUAACACAGUAUUAGAGUCACCUCAUGCCCCUUCCUUCGAGACCCAGAAACAUCAUGUAAAGCGCCCAGAGGAGCCCGACGUGCCUUCCAUGCCGCCGCCAUUGAAACAGCUAGAUGAAUUCUUAAACAGUGAAGACGGCUCACUAAUCUCACAACCCGAUCCGGCUACCGUAAAGUACCUGGAGCAUCAAAUGACCCAAAUGUCCGAGAUGAUAAUGAAGACCUUCCGCAUGAAUGGAGGCGCAACCAACAGCCAAGCUUUCGAGCAGUUGGCUAUGGCAACGGAACUGAUGCAAAAGCAUGGUCUGCAGCGCGAUGAGAGUGAAUCGGGGACGAACUCCGGUACGGAAUCGGCAUUGACCAGUGCUCGCAGCUGCGGUGGAGGAUUAAGGCCACCAAUGCGAUCGCGCCUACCUCGAUCUCAGGAGGCCCUACUUUCCACGCGAUCCCCAAUGGCAGGCAGACCCAAAUGCCGAUGUCCCUCAGAGUCAGAUCUCAUUGAACAGGACCAGGAGAUGGAAAUGGGUCUAAAAACUGAUGAAAGCGUUGAUAUCGGAAUGGGUAUGGGACAAGAGGACUAUCUUAUGGAUGAAUGUGGCCAAGGCGACGGGCUGAUGAUGCAUCCGCACCAACGCCGACCUCCAGAAUUCCACCGACGUGCGGCAAGUGGAACGCCCAGCACCUUUACCACCGACGGAAGCAGCUAUCCCGUCAAUGUCUCACGAUCCCGCUGUUCCAAUGAAAAAAUAAAUUACAAAAACCUUGGGCGCAAGAGCUUCAGUUUUACCAAUCCUCAAGUCCGUGAAAUUGAGCGACAGAAUCAAAUCUUGCUCCGGAAGAUGAUGACUGUGAAGCCCACGGCUACGAUCAAGGCGAGCACCAGUAACCUGAAGGUUAACACAAAUGCUCCCGAAAAGCGACAGCAACCGCCUGCGCCGCGUCUUUCCAGUGCUGCAGUAAAUCGUAAAAAGUACCAGCGCCAGAUCGACCUAGACAACGAUGUCCUUAAGCGAAAGCUGGAGGCCAUCGGCACCAGGCGGCCACAAUUCAAGUGAAGCCUAUACGGGCAGCCCCAUCUGUGUUCAUUACUUGUUUAGAUGUGUUUUACGUGAAUUUACAAAAUUAAAAUUUAUUGCAAGUUGAGAAGUGUA